GAGUUCCUUAUGAACGAGGCACUCGGGAAAAGUACUUGUUAAAAUAUGGCACUCAGUAGAAGCGUGUCACUGAUAUUAAUUGUACUGAUUUAAGAUGUAACUGGUAGUGGCUUAAAAUGGGAAGUAUCUCGUCCAACCAUCUUGUAGUUUGCCCAAAGAUGAAAACAUCUGAAUUUAUUAAGGUGAAAAGAAACUGAAAGAAGGACAUUUUAUUCUGGUCCGUCAAUGAGGAAAAUUAAGCAGUGGGGAUUCUGUUUAAACGUCUGGAAGUUCUGCAGGUGCACCAUCUCCUUGUCAUCCAGAUCGCAUCUGGCCAGUUCAGACGCCAUUUAUCAGCCUCUACAAAAUAUGGAAAAAUCAGAUGACAGGACAGAGGUUGUGUUACUGGCCACUGGCUCUUUUAACCCAAUCACAGUUAUGCAUCUCAGGCUGUUUGAACUUGCAAGAGACUAUCUGCAUGACACAGGUAAAUACAAAGUAAUAAAAGGCAUCAUUUCUCCUGUUUGUGAUGGGUACAAGAAGAAAGGCUUAAUCGAGGCCUCUCACCGUCUAGCCAUGGCAAACCUGGCUACCAAGACUUCAGACUGGUUGGAGGUGGAUUCAUGGGAAUGCUCGCAGAAACAAUGGACAGAAACUGUAUUAGUGCUCAGGCAUCACCAGCAAAAACUUACAAAUGCAAAUAUUGUGGACACAUGGGAGAAAGAUGCACACAAGAAGGGACACAAGCGGAAAAGAGAGAAUAGCCACCAAGAUAAGCCUAACAGUUAUCUACAAGAAAACAAAGCUGUGCCCCAGGUAAAGCUUCUCUGUGGAGCAGACAUGCUUGAGUCACUUGGCAAACCCAACCUUUGGAAAAAUGAAGAUGUGAUUGAGAUUCUGUCUUCCUUUGGGAUCAUUUGCAUCACCAGGCUUGGAAGCAAUGCUAGUAAUUUCAUUUAUGAGUCUGAUAUUCUCUGGAAGUAUAAGCAUAUGAUUCAUCUAGUGGAAGAGUGGAUCACCAAUGACAUUUCCUCUACAAAGAUUCGCAGAGCCUUGAGAAGGGGAAUGAGUAUCCGCUAUCUAGUGCCUGACAGUGUGGUGGAGUACAUUCAAAAUCAUGAAUUAUAUAGUGAGGAAAGUGAGGAAAAGAAUUCGGGGGUAAUCCUAGAACCUCUUGCAAGAAAUACCAAGGACUCUCAGCUUUGAUCAUUUCUCUAUCACAUAUAGGAGUUUUGUUAUUCAUAACAUAUUUUCACCAGUUUCUACAUGAAAAAUCACAGCUCAUUAUCAGAGUGGUACCCAUCAUUACAGAUCAGUAAAAACAUAUCUGGGCAUGUCUGGCCAUGUUUUGUUUGGUGAAGUACCAAAAUGAGCAGAUCUUUGUCUGGUUUGGCUACCCAUGCACUGGUCUAGAUCAGGCUGAUCAAUGCAUUAGUUUUGCCUGUAAACCAUACGUGUAUGGCCAGCCAUGACCUGAUAUUCUUUAUUAACAGUAAUCAGUCUCAGACGGGAGGAGCAAGAGCCUACCAACUAAAGACCUUAUAGGUUUCUUCUUCUUUCUUCUUGCUGUUUAAGGGUAACAUAUUAAUAGCAAGCAAGACACGGGGGCUCAUUUAUAAACACUGGUCAAAUUGGCUCCUGGGCCGUAACCCAUAACAACCAAUCAGAUGAUUGCUUUCAGUGUUCACCAUGCAGCUGACUGAAAAAAAACAGUAACUGAGUUACAGCCCAGGUGCAAAUUUGCCCAGUGUUUAUAAAUGAGCUCUGUUUUUAAAGCAAUUUGCCCCCUAGAUGCCAGAGACACAUUCAGGAUUCUGUGUGGACAGCUGUGCUCACCUUUGGAUUCUGUUUGCUUUGUUAUUGCUAUUAAAAGCUAAAAACAAACUCUUUCCUUUCUCAUUGCUGGAAAGAAAGAAGUAAUGCUCUGUGCUCCAAAAAGUUCCCACUCAGAGCCAGUUUGACACUGUAUGUAAUGAUGGUUACCACUCUGUAAAAAAUCUAUAGAUUUACAAAUCUGUAAUGGUUUCUUUCAAUCCAUGUAUUACUUUAAUAUUUCGCUAAACCAGUUAAGGGACCCUUUAAAAUUCUCCAGUAAAUACUCCAAGAAAUAUUCCAAAAGCAAAUACAGAUGAAUAGAGUUGUGUAGCUUUUGAGAAUUUGA